CCAACCGUCCCUUGACAAUGGGUUUCGAGGAAAUGUACAAUAUCGAGGAGGAAUGCCCGACAACCGUUUUGAAAAAGAGUGCGGUCACCAUAAUUUCUCCGAAACAGAACAUUGUACGAAUAUGGAAUUUAUUCAUCGCCCUAACAUCGUUGGUGGCUGCGACAGUGUCUUUAUUUGAGCUGUUCUUCAACUCCGCUAUCCCUGUGGUUGUUGGGAUAAGAUACUGCCUGGACGUGAUCUUCGUGUUGAACAUCAUCUCACGCUUUUACAUUGGAUAUGAAAGUAAUGGUGUAGUCAUCAUUGAUUCCAAACCAGUGCAGAGAAAAUAUCUCCGAACAUGGUUUAUCAUGGACCUGUUGGCUGUUCUUCCCUUUGAGACUCUGAGAUAUGCUUCGCCUGAAUUGCAUUUUAUGCAUAUCAAUCGAUGUCUAAGAGUCUUACGGCUGUUUGACAUAAUAUCGUCCUUUGGAAAAGAACCUGACACCAACAAGAUACAUGUUGCAGUCCUGAAAUCCUUUUCUAUUGUUGUCCUCUGUGUUCAAGUCUCUGCGUGUGCCUGGUACAAUCAGGCAUGUACAGCUGCUCAUGGUGACCAUCCAAGGGAGUGUCCAAAAGAGGAGAACUGGUUACAGCUGUUGCCAGAGUUUUCAACCAAUUUGACUGGAGCAACAGAUUUGGAGUUUUAUGCCACGUCACUAUACUGGUCUGCAAUAACUCUAGGUUCUGUGGGCUAUGGAGACAUACAUGCUAUGAAGAUCCCGGAGGUUACGGUUGCCUCACUGGUGAUGGUGGUUGGUUUAUUUGCCUUUGGAGUAAUCGUGACUGGAAUGAGCUCCAUCAUAAGCAAUCUGGAUGCCCGGAGAGGAAGGUUUCACCAUCGAAUGGAGUCCAUUUGUCUUCAUAUGAAACAAAUGGAAUUGCCAGAGGAAGUACAAACAUGGGUGCACAAAUAUUACUAUGAUCUGUGGACGCAUCGCAAAGGCAGUAUAAUCGCUGGACUACUGGAUGACCUUCCUUUUCCUCUACAUUCAGAAAUAUCCUCUGCUUGUUACAAACCUCUGAUGAAAAAGACAACCUUGUUUCAUGAUACCGAAGAUGGCUUUAAAAGAGCUUUGUCACUUAAAUUCAACACGUACACAUACAGUCCUGGACAAAUUUUGGCAAAGCCUGGAGAAAUCAAUCAAAAUGCCUACUACAUUGAACAUGGAGUGGUGCAGGUAUUAGGAGAUAAUCAUUGUGACAAAAUUGCCACUUUGCUGCCUGGAUCGUUAAUUGGAGAGGCUUAUCUGAUGUACAGAAUUCCAGAAACACUACGAUUUGAACGCAGAGAUCUUCUUGCAUUGUUUGCAGAUUACCCGGAAGCUGGUUUGAAGAUAGCAAGAACAGCUCAAAAACAGCUGCAUAAUGUUAAGCAUCCUAUUAGGGAAGCCUUUGCGCUAGGAGUGGCAUCGAACCCCCAGAAUGUGGUUUUUCAGAAGGAUUUAAGUGUAAAUCUGCUGCCAAGGGAUCAGAAGAUUUUUACAUUGUUUAUGGAAUAUUUUGCAAACCAGUCCCACAAUAUCUCUUCAUCAGUUAAAACAUCUACAGACGUGAAAAGGUCUGUUUGGAUGAGAACUAUUCGACCAGAUGGCAUGUUUGCUCAGAAGUGGGAGGUCUUCAUGUUUUGGUGUAUCACCAUUUCAAUUUUUAUUGAAACAUGGGUACUUUUUUUCACCAACAACCUAGACACAAAGGGCUUUCACAACGAAGGAUGGGGUGUGCUCUAUCUUACAAUCAACUCAUUGGUUGAUGUUUUUGCCAUUAUUGACAUAUUUGUGAACCUCCGCACAGAAGUUUUUACAAAAGAUGGCUAUCAAGCUGACGUAAUGGGUAUUUUUGACAACUAUCGAAGAUCUUGGAACCUGUAUUAUGACGUCCUGGCUGUUUUCCCUUUGGACAUUUUAUCGUUUGCAAAAAGUGGAGAAUCACAUUGGAGAGUUUUAGGCUAUGUCAGAUGGAAUCGUCUUAUUUGGAUUCGGAAGAUUUAUUUGUUUUUCAACAAAAACGAAAAUGACAUGGAUAAGAACCUGUUUGAGCAAAGAACGGCAAAAUGUAUUUUCCUCAUGAUUUUCUCUGUGCACUGCUGCUCUGGAGUAAUGUAUCUCACAGGCUGCAAAGACUUCAGGUGUGAUGAAGAGUCAUGGGCCUGGAACACAGGACUGAAAGCCAGCCAGAGCAACUUGUAUCAUUAUAUGAUUGCUGUUUAUUGGACAACAACAAGCAUGACAACCACUGGAUAUGGUGACAUUGUUCCCAGCACUAUGAAAGAGCGACUUACUGCUGUAUUUGUUUGCUUCAUUGGCUUGUUUGUCUUUAACUACAUCAUCAGUCAAGUCUAUGCCACAUUGGCCAGUCAGAAUGCUGCCAGGGUUACAUUUCAGAAUCUCCUCUCAGCCAUGACUAACUUCAUGGAAAGCCAUGACCUUAGUUUAUCACUUCAAACAAGGGUCACUGAGUAUAUGAGUCUUCUUUGGUCAAAGUACCAGGGUCAAGCAUACCCUGGAGGCCAAUUUUUAAUGCAUGACUUGCCAAUCGAACUUCAACAGAUUGUCCUGAUGAAAGAGAGAGGAAGGUUCUUGUCAAAGAUUCCUUAUUUCGAGCAAGCUGGACAAGCGUUCAUUCGGGAUCUCGCAUCAACCUCUGUCAUGUAUUUCUUUCCCAGAGGGGAGAUCAUCCAGUACAGUGAAACUAUUACCAGAGAGCUAUUUUGCAUUCGAAAAGGGACUUGCCAGAUUCUAAGUGAUGACUUGUCUGAAAUUGUUGGACUCUACGGUGAAGGAAUGUAUUUCGGGAGUCAGGCUGGAUUUUUGUUUGGAAAACAAGCUACAAUGACCGUCCGUGCAAAGACUCACUGUGAGAUCUUAGUGAUCGAUUUUGACAAAGUUAAAGCAGUUCUGGAGAGAUACCCGGUCAUUGAAAGCCAAAUAGCGGAAUUGCAAUCAACACCAGAGUAUUACUACACUUUACUGCAAAGUGUUGAAGAAAUGAUGAAGUCUGAGGAACAGGAUGAUGACACACUGAAGAAGAAAGAUGCCUCGUUGACGUAUCAAGGUCGUCGAUAUGCCAAGAAGUCAAAGUGUUAUAUUGAGGACUUUGGAAACUUCCCAAUCUAUGCUGGAGCAGAAGAAGAAACUGUUGAGGAAAAACUUCUGAAACUGAGCAAAACUAAAGUGAUACCUCCCACUCCAAGUUAUAGGAGUGCCAUUUUGCCUAGCAAUCCACUGUACAUCCGAUGGGAAUUUUUCCGAUGUAUUUUGGCCAUAACGAUCAGCAUCAAUAGCUCUCUUCUUUUUGCUUUUCUCCACUACAAAAAAGAACUCUGGAUCUUGUCCUACGUUCUGGGCCUUUUUUGUUGGAUUGACAUGUAUAUCCGUUUGCAUGUUGCUUUUUACAAGGACAAUCUCAAAGUGGACACGCUGGAAACUGCAAAACACUAUGUGAAGACAAGCUUUCUAAUAGAUCUCAUCAGCUGUUUUCCCUGGGAAGUUAUUGGCUGGAUGGUGGUAUCCCCUUUUGAUGAGAAAGGAUUUUACUCCAACAGCGAAGCACUGCACCUAUAUGCAUAUCUCAGAGUCCCACAUCUUCUCCAGUUAUAUCGGAUUCCUCUUGCAUUUUCAUUCUGGCAAUCUGGGAUUGCAGCGAAAAAGGCGAUUGUCACAUUUGCUAAGUUCUUUCUGUAUUGCAUCCUUUUACUUCACUUCAGCACUUGCAUCGUUUUUGCAAUUGUAUGCCCUCCAGCAGACUUGUUUGGUGACACAACCAAUUACUUAUUGCCUAUGAUAAAGCACAACUGUUCAUCACAAUCCUGGGUGUAUCACUUGGACUACACGUUUAACACAGUGUAUGAAACGGCUACCUUCACAGAACUGUAUUCCAUAAGUUUAUACUUUGCAACUACAACUCUCUGUGGUGUAGGAUAUGGUGAUAUUCAUCCUUAUCUAGCCUCUAUGAAAAUUACCAUGGUCUUCAUAAUGGUGUCUGGAGCGUUGUAUUGUGGUUAUGUGGCUGGUACAUGUGCUGCUAUGUUAGCCAAUGCAGAUGCUACAAGGGAAGCCUUUACUGAGAAAAAGGAAAGGAUACAACUAUUCUUGAAGAGUCAGAACAUUACAGGGGAUCUAUAUCACAAUACUGUGAACUUCUAUGCUUUCAAAUGGAUAAGAACGAAAGGACUAGACCAAGACACAUUGUUUGAGUAUUUGCCAUCAUCUCUACUCGGAGAUAUAUCUACAAUUAUCUACUCUGACCUUAUUGCAAAGGCAUUUGGACUUGAUAUCAAGAGGAAGCAGCGAAGGAACUCAGUGGCACAAAAUCUAUCCCCACUCGAGAGAACAUUAUCUGGAAAGCUUGAUGGACCCUUUUUUCACAAAAUACUGAGGAAAGAGAGUGUGGACCAGUUGGAAACAGAUGGAGGAUUCAUUCGGUUACUAGCUAGACAGAUUCGACCUUGCCUUUACAGAGCUAAUGACCUGAUAUGCAAAAGAAAUGACUUUGGAUCAGAGAUGUAUUUCAUUGAAAAGGGAGAAGUAGAAGUCUUGUCACAGGACGAGUUGACUGUUAUCAUCAAACUGAAUGCAGGACAAUACUUUGGAGAAGGAAGCCUACUGUUUGCAGAACCUCGUGCAACCACAAUAAGGGCUGCCACAAAUUGUGAUCUGUAUGUCCUCUCCAAGAAAAGCCUUGAUGAAACU